GCCUGGCUUCUGUGAGUUUGUCCAAGCCCCCUAAAAUAGCAGUCGGCGCGUAAAUGUGCACCGAAAUUACUCGUAUCCAAGCGGAGACACCGAUAUAGCGCCUCGAGUCUAUAUCCAGAUACUGACUUCGGAGCAGAGGUUGUAUGUGACCUGAGGAGCAGCAGCAGACCAGGCCCACCAUGUGUUAGGAGCUCCACACAGAAGAGCCUGUUGUUCCUGUCAUAUCUUUGAAGGUUCCACACACUGGAAGAGCCAUGGGGCGCAAGAAGAUCCAGAUCACCCGCAUCAUGGACGAACGCAACCGGCAGGUGACGUUCACCAAGAGGAAGUUUGGCCUGAUGAAGAAGGCGUACGAGCUGAGCGUGCUGUGUGACUGUGAGAUCGCCCUCAUCAUCUUCAACAGCUCCAACAAACUGUUCCAGUACGCCAGCACCGACAUGGACAAAGUCCUGCUUAAGUACACCGAGUACAACGAGCCGCACGAGAGCCGCACCAAUGCAGACAUCGUGGAGAAAUUACGAAACAAGGGCCAUAAUGAGUGUGCUAGCCCUGAGGCAGAGGACACUUUCGUGGAGGACCACUUCGACUCUGACUUACUGUACAAGCGCUGCGCCCCCAGCGGCCUUCCCCAGCAGAACUUCUCCAUGCAUGUGGCGGUCCCCGUGUCCAACCCGGGCUCCAUGUACACCCCAGGGGCCACUCUGGGUGGGCCAGACAGCGGCAUGCUCAGCCCCGGCGCGGCCCCUCUGCACCGGAAUGUGGGUUCCAGCGGAGGCACCCACAGGCACCCAGGCACAGGGAAUGGAUUUGUAAACCCCAGCAGAGGGUCCCCUGGGCUGGGUCAGAAGGGGGUCCACGCCAAGUCACCCCCGCCCGCAGCCCAGAGCCUGGCGCUGGGCAGAGGCAAGCCCGAGCUCAGGGUGGUCAUCCCGCCGGCCUCUAAAGGGCUCAUGCCCCCUCUGAACUCACAAAGGCUCAGCAGCUCAGCACCCUCUCAGUCCCUGGCGACCCCCGUGGUGUCAGUGAGCACCCCGAGCCUGCCCCCUCAGAGCCUGGUGUACUCGGGCAUGCCCUCCUCCUACAACCCCGCCGAUUACUCCCUGAGCAGUGCGGACCUUUCCUCCCUUCAGGGUUUCGGCUCCCCGGGGCUGUCGCUGGGGCCGGUGUCGGCAUGGCAACAGCAUCCUCUGGGCCAGGCGGCGCUCAGCUCUCUGGUCGGCGGAGGUCACCUACCUCAGGGCUCUAACCUGUCCAUCAGCACCAGCCAGGGCAUCAGCAUCAAAUCAGAGCCCAUCUCUCCCCCUCGAGAGCGCCUCACCCCCUCCAACUUCCCCCCUCAUCACCCACCCCCGCUCCCUCCGCAGCAGCAGCUCCAGCAGGGCGCCCCCGGCAGGCAGGACGCGGUAGGACGCUCCCCCGCAGAUAGCCUCAGCUCCUCGUGCAGCUCUUACGACGGCAGCGACCGCGAGAGCCCGUCGGUCAAGAGGCUGCGCAUGGACACAUGGGUGACCUAAGAGGGGUCAGGGGAGUGCUCCAGCCCCCCACCCCAGAGAAGGCAGGGUGCAACCAGGCACGGACCGCCGCUACGCCCAUGGUCCACGGAGCUUUUCUUCAAACUAUUAUUUCGGCGCGUGAGAUUGAUUGUGAACGGUAAAUGGCGUUAAUGGAAAUAUGGACGUGCACACGCAGCAGGUGCAGGUACUCAGAGAACCUUAGUUACAGUAGUUAGGUUUGAAGGCGUGGUGGAUGGGGACUCCCUAAAAGCUCGGCAUUUCGUCCGGGGACAGGACUUAAUAUUCUAUUGCUACCACGGCAACCUACUUUUAAAGUGUGUUUUCCUAUUCACCUGUGUUGCCAGGUAUAAAAAUCUGACUCUUUUGACAAGGCAAAGCUCAUUUAGGCUGAAAAUUAUACAGAAAACACAUCCAGCUUUUUUUUUUUACUUUGCGUUGAUGCAUCAGGAUGGCUAUGUUGAUUUUUGACAAUAUAUUUUUUUUCACAGUCAGAUGAAGGCUAGAGUUAGGAUCAGAGUUAGCUUUAGGAACAGGUAAGAUUAGGAUUUUGAGACAGGUUUGCCAUCAGUGUCUUGGCAAAACUGAGCUGUCAUGUUUUGUAGACCAAAAAAAAAAUAUAAAUAAAAAUAUAAGUUCACAAAAAAAACUCGCUAACCUUAAUAUUUGCUGUAGUUAUCUCUGCUGAUUAUGAAAUGAACUCACUUUCCUUGGAAAACACAACACGCGACAGUUAGUUUGCUUUGAUUGACAUAGAACACUAAGCCACGCCCCCGGACGAAAUGCCGAGAAUGCUAAUGGAUGCUAACUGAUGCUAACGAUCAGAGCAUUUAAGCUUAAGCCACAGGAACCUAUUUACAAUGUACUGCAGGAAAAGCUGUUACUAUACAAUGUUUUUAAUAUAUAAGUGGCCUCUUCUUUGCCAAUCCAUACAUCACCACACACACGCCUAGUUUAAUUAAGGCGAGACACUGCAGGGAAAACUAUUUUUAAAUUGGUUCAUUUUAAACGGUUUGCAGUGGUCCAAAGUUAUUCCUCACUUGCCUUUCUGCAUUAGGAGCAUCGUAAUUACUCACCCUGAUGAGAUUUUAAGCACUUUUCACAACUUCUAACAACAACUAGCAUGUUAACGGCUACACAGCUGACUUAUUUUGACCUUGUACAACACAUCUGUACUGGGGCGAGACACAUUUUGCUCAAAUACCUGGGGAAACAUUGAGUACAGGACCUUUAAAGUAGCACCUAUAUGCACAAAACUUUACAACAUUGUACUUUUGACUGAUAAUACAGAA